AUGAGGGCUCCACUUUUCCAAGGGGUGAGAGGUGAGGGUUCCACUCUUCCAGAGGUGAGAGGUGAGGGCUCCACUCCAGGGGCGAGAGUUGAGGGAUCCACUUCUCCAGGAGUGAGAUGUGAGGCCUCCACUCCUCCAGGGGCGAGAGGUGAAGGCUCCACUCCUCCAGGGGUGAGAAGUGAGGGCUCCACUCCUCUAGGGGCGAGAGGUGAGUGUUCCAAUUCUCUAGGGGUGAGAGGUGAGGGUUCCACUCCUAAAGGGGUGAGAAGUGAGGGUUCCACUCCUAAAGGGGUGAGAAGUGAGGGUUCCACUCCUCCAGGGGUGAGAGGUGAGGGCUCCACUCCUCCAGGGGCGAGAGGUGAGGGCUCCACUCCUCCAGGGGCGAGAGGUGAGGGCUCCACUCCUCCAGGGGUGAGAGGUGAGGGCGCCACUUCUCCAGGGCCAAAACCUCCAGCAACCACAUCGUCCAGCAACCACAAUCUCCAGCAACCACAGUCUCCAGCAACCACAACGUCCAGCAACCACAACCUCCAGCAACCACAACGUCCGGCAACCACAAUCUCCAGCAACCACAGUCUCCAGCAACCACAGUCUCCAGCAACCACAGUCUCCAGCAACCACAACCUCCAGCAACCACAACCUCCAGCAACCACAACCUCCAGCAACCACAACCUCCAGCAACCACAACCUCCAGCAACCACAACCUCCAGCAACCACAACGUCCAGCAACCACAACCUCCAGCAACCACAUCGUCCAGCAACCACAAUCUCCAGCAACCACAGUCUCCAGCAACCACAGUCUCCAGCAACCACAACGUCCAGCAACCACAACGUCCAGCAACCACAACCUCCAGCAACCACAACGUCCAGCAACCACAACGUCCAGCAACCACAACGUCCAGCAACCACAACCUCCAGCAACCACAACGUCCAGCAACCACAACCUCCAGCAACCACAACCUCCAGCAACCACAACCUCCAGCAACCACAACCUCCAGCAACCACAACCUCCAGCAACCACAACCUCCAGCAACCACAAUCUCCAGCAACCACAAUCUCCAGCAACCACAAUCUCCAGCAACCACAGUCUCCAGCAACCACAACCUCCAGCAACCACAACCUCCAGCAACCACAACCUCCAGCAACCACAACGUCCAGCAACCACAACCUUCAGCAACCACAACGUCCAGCAACCACAACGUCCAGCAACCACAACCUCCAGCAACCACAACCUCCAGCAACCACAACCUCCAGCAACCACAACCUCCAGCAACCACAUCGUCCGGCAACCACAAUCUCCAGCAACCACAACCUCCAGCAACCACAACCUCCAGCAACCACAAACUCCAGCAACCACAACCUCCAGUAACCACAACCUUCAGCAACCACAACCUCCAGCAACCACAACCUCCAGCAACCACAACCUCCAGCAACCACAACCUCCAGCAACCACAACCUCCAGCAACCACGUCUGGCAACCACAACCUCCAGCAACCACAACCUCCAGCAACCACAAUCUCCAGCAACCACAACUUCCGACAGCCACAACCUCCAGCAACCACAACCUCCAGCAACCACAACCUCCAGCAACCACAACCUCCAGCAACCACAACUUCCGACAGCCACAACCUCCAGCAACCACAACUUCCGACAGCCACAACGUCCAGCAACCACAACUUCCGACAGCCACAACCUCCAGCAACCACAACCUCCAGCAACCACAACCUCCAGCAACCACAACCUCCAGCAACCACAAUCUCCAGCAACCACAAUCUCCAGCAACCACAAUCUCCAGCAACCACAACCUCCAGCAACCACAAUCUCCAGCAACCACAACCUCCAGCAACCACAACCUCCAGCAACCACAACCUCCAGCAACCACAACCUCCAGCAACCACAACCUCCAGCAACUACAACCUCCAGCAACCACAACUUCCGACAGCCACAACCUCCAGCAACCACAACUUCCGACAGCCACAACCUCCGACAGCCACAACCUCCAGCAACCACAACCUCCAGCAACCACAACUUCCGACAGCCACAACCUCCAGCAACCACAACUUCCGACAGCCACAACCUCCAGCAACCACAACCUCCAGCAACCACAACUUCCGACAGCCACAACCUCCAGCAACCACAACCUCCCGCAACCACAACUUCCGACAGCCACAACCUCCAAUGGACUUCCUUUUCUCAAUAAACUUAAUUGAACUUGAACUUGGUGUAGAGUUAUGGUAA